AUUGUCCAUUUAGUUGCUUGUGUUGUCCGAGAUUGUGCUAGAAUUAUGGGAUGAUUUUGGGUAGCAUAAAACACGUUUUAAGCUUGGUUGUGGUAGAAAUUUCUUGAUUUAGUUGCUGUGUGGUUUAUAGGGAGAAAAUCCCGUGAAUUAGCUAGUGUUUUGGCUAAUGUUUGGAAGUGGCAGUACUGUUCACGGCACUGUUCAUAUAACACUGUUCACGGCACUGUUCAUAUAACACUGUUCACACACCGAGGGUUAACGAUUAACAGGGAUUUAAAGGUUUAGUUUGUGAUAUAAGAAUGAAUGUGGAGAUGUCCAGUUAUGUGGAGAUUGAUAGAAAUAGCAUCGAGAUUAGGGGUAGUCCCGAUGAUGAUUUUACUUUAAAUUUGUGGUGGUAUGGUUAUUAAUUGUGGAAUAUUGUGAUUAGGUUUUGAUCGUUCUGUCACCGUAGCACUUGGGUUAGCCUUCUGUUCUAUGCGAGUGAGGAAGCGAAACCGAGGAUGGGAAAAUCAAGGGGAGUGACGAGUUAGAAGGCUAGCCAUUUCGAGAUUGACAUAGAUUUAGAAAUAAGUCAUGAUCCUGUAAGCUAGAGUGUAUUUGGAGAUUUUAUGAUAUCAGAGCAGAUUGUAAAAAUUUUAUCUUGAGAUUUUGUGAUCGAAUUGUGAUUUGAAUAAGUUCCGAGCCUUGUGCACUUGUGGAACCUGUCUCACGGGUGCACGGCGUCUGUCGCGCCUCGGAUUCGGGUUCUGGGGCGUGACAAUAGGACUUCAAGGAAUUGCAUUAUUAUCUUAUUAUUUUUCUUACUAUAUUAUAAAAAUUGUUAAAUUCU